AUACGUCUAACAGAACGAAGCCGAUCGUCAGCUCACCCUGACCAAAAUGGCGCUAUGUUUACGUCUCCGCAUAAUCGUUUAUCCUUAGCAGGUCUCAUGGAGAGAUUUUCGGAUUUUAACUACCGGGAAAGAUAACUUGACUUCACAUUUUCCACACUGACGAUAAACCGGAGAUAAGCAGACAGAAGGAUGCAGGCUGAGGCCACAGACUCUACACUAAGAGAGGGCAUCGAGGCUCUGGGUGUGAAGGACACAGAACAAACUGCAGAAAGUAAGGAGAAAGAGGACAACACAGAACAACAUGACACUGAGAUGACAGCUGCCACAGAGGAGGACACAACAACUAAGGAUGAAAAAGAUGGAGAAACAGAUGCAUUGGAAGAAGAACAUAAGGAUGAAACUCAGGCAGAAGCAGCAGUAGAUGGUGAAGAGGGAAAACAAGCAGCAGAAGUGGACGAUGACUGGGAGCUUGCAUACAGUGAUGAGGAAAUGGAGGACCCUAAAUCAUGGAUGCCCCCUCCUGCUGAGAUUAAAAGACUCUAUGAGCUCCUUGCAAAGGGCGAAAUGCUGGAACUGAACUUUGAGCCCCUUCCUAGAAGACCGCCUACACCCGAACGUACCCCAUCACCAGAAAGAGAUGAUGAGGAAGACGCUGCAAAGGAAAGGGAGAGGGAGGAGCGAGAACGGAAACCUCCAACUCCAACUGAGUUUGACUUUGAUGAGGAACAAAUGCAAACUCCAAAAAAUGCCUUCAUCAACAGACGGAGAACGCCAGGAUCAUCAGCGCGUUCCUCUGUGAAAAGGGAAGCUCGGUUGGACAAAGUCCUGUCAGACAUGAAGCGCCACCGCAAAAUUGAGGAGCACAUCAUGCGCACGGGGCGGGAUCUCUUCAAAACAGAAAAGAAGCUGGAGCAGGCUCUGUCUCCGAACAGCCAGAAAGAGCGGGAGAAGGAGCGGGAACGAGAUAGCAACCCCAAUACCAUCUUCUCUCCGAGACAGAGGAGAUACUGAGUAUUAAAAGGUGUGGACUUAUCCUGUGGCAAAUAUGGCCAUGAGCUUUCCAAGGCUUUGUUAAAACUUGAAUUUUUUAUGUAACAAUUUUGUAUGUUUUUUAUGUGUUUUGUAUAAUGGCAAUAAACAUUUUAACUCUGAAGAAUAAC